AUGAACGCUGCACGAGGAGCUGCUGCCGCUGCAGCCCUCGCCCUCGGCCUGCCGCUGGUGGCUUGGCCGGCCACCUUUGCCCUCGCCACCCGCCUGCCCGAGUAUGUCCACCUUGUCAAGGCCCGCCCGGGUGCAGCUGCGGCUGCGGCGGCUGCUGCCGCCCUGCCCACUGCUGCCGCCGGCCUCGGCCUCGCCCACGGCUACGGCUGCGGCCUGUUGUCAUCCUCUGCUGCUGCCGCCGCCACCUUUGCCGCCGCCUGGCUCUACGCCGCCACCCGCCUCGUCGACGCCCGCCCCCCGGUCCCUCCCUACACCUCCAUGCUCCCGGCGCAGGCCUCGCCGCGGCUCGCGGUCGUCACCGGCGCCACUUCGGGCAUCGGCGCGGCAUCGGUCAAUGUCCUUGCCCGCGCAGGUCUCCGCGUCAUUUUUACCACCCGCUCUGAAGAACGCGGCGCCCGCCUGGCUGUCCCGGGCUCGGUCACCUACUGCGUCGUUGAUCCCAACGAGCUUGCCCAGGUCGCCGCCUUUGCCGACGCUGUGGUUGCCGCCUCGCGCGGCGAGCGAGCGCCCCUGCUCAGCGACGAGGCCGCAUCCUGGCUGGUCGAUGCCGGCGGCGUCCACAUCCUUGUCAACAACGCCGGCUUUUUCCCGCGCCCCGCCCCGCUCACAGGUGACGGCCUCGAACCGGGAUUCCAGGUCAUGCAUCUCUCGCACCACCUCCUCACUAAGCGGCUAGCCCCGGUCCUGAAAGCUUGCCAAGGGCGCGUCAUCAACGUCGCCUCCGAGGGCCACCACUUUGCCACUCCGCGGACACCUGGCGAGCCGACAAGCGUCUUUGCGCCCGAGCGCAUUGCCGCGCCCACAAAGUCCAGCCUGCUCUCCUACGGCCACAACAAGCUCGCCAACAUCCUCCACACCCGCUACCUGCGCGACGACGGCAUCGCCGCUUUCGCACUUCAUCCUGGCGCCGUCGUCACCUCCAUCUGGACCUUUCCGUACGCGCUCGGCUUUCUCGGUGCGCCGGUGCGGGCCAUCCAGCGUGUCGUCUUUGAUGCCACUGCUUCGCUGGUCAUGAAGACUGCCGAGGAGGGUGUCAGCACCGUUGUCUAUCUUGCUCUUGCUCCGCUCGACCACCUAGACUCGGACCUGUACUGGAUCAACCUCGCCGGCGCCGACGCCACCAUGGCCUCGCCGCUUGCCCGCUCGGCAGACCUCGCCCGCCACCUCGCUGAGCUCUCAGACAUCCUGCUUGCCGAGCGCGGCCUGGAGUAAACCGUGCCUGAUCGCC